AGUUGUCCGUUGCGGGGCGGGGCCGCCGUCGGGGGCGUGGCGCGGGAGGCGCCGUUGGUUGGCGGGCGGCGGGCGGGGGCGGGCCAUGGCCCUGCUACUGUGCCUGGGCCUGACUGCGGCGCUGGCCCGCGGCUGCCUGCACUGCCACAGCAACUUCUCGGAGAAGUUCUCCUUCUACCGCCAUCACGUGAACCUCAAGUCCUGGUGGGUGGGCGACAUCCCCGUGUCGGGCUCGCUGCUCACCGACUGGGGCCAGGACACGAUGAAGGAGCUGCACCUGGCCAUCCCCGCGGAGAUUACCCGGGAGAAGCUGAACCAGGUGGCGAACGCCGUGUACCAGAAGAUGGAUCAGCUGUACCAGGGGAAGAUGUAUUUCCCCGGGUAUUUUCCCAAUGAGCUGCGAGCCAUCUUCCGGGAGCAGGUGCACCUCAUCCAGAAUGCCAUCAUCGAAAGCCGCAUUGACUGUCAGCGUCACUGUGGCAUCUUCCAGUAUCAGACCAUCUCCUGCACCAACUGCACCGACUCGCACGUCAUCUGCUUUGGCUACAACUGCGAGUCGUCGGUACAGUGGGAAACAGCCGUGCAGGGCCUCCUCCUAUACAUAAACAAGUGGCACAAGUACGUGAGUUUUAUCAGAGGCAGGGAGUGUGCUUUAAGCCCUCGUGGAGAGGACACGGACACAAGCGAUCGCUUCAUGAGUAAACAUCAGCUGCCCUCCUCCCGCGGACGCACAGAACCACUCCGGCCUUGUGAGUGGCUCAGAGGCAGGCUUCUGAUAUCACCAAGCUUCACGUGUCUUGAGCCCCCACACCUGGCCAACCUGACUCUAGAAAAUGCUUCCGAGUGCCUGACACAGCACUGAUGGGCACCGGCUUUGCCAGACCGGCCCCAGCCUGGAGGCGGAGCCAGGACUUGGCUGGACUGUCCCAGCCUGACCCCCUGGAGCAGCUGCCGCCGCCUUCCUCCUCUCCUGUCAGAGCCUGGGCCCCCGGGAGGGGAGUGUGGCUUUGUCGGGCGGGGUCCCCGAGCUGUUAGAUGCGAUGAUUAAACGUCCCUGACAUUCCUCA